AUGAGGCGUCGUUCGAGAUCCGACGAAAAUAACCGAGUUGAGCCGAAUGUUGAGAGAAGUGUUUCAGGUUUCGUGGGUCGAGCCGCGUUCGCUAAAACGGCGUCGUUGAGACACGCAGAGACACGCGAGAGACGUGCGGUGAUGACUUACCGUCCGUUAUACACGAGUUUUUCCAUACCAUCGGUACUUAACCUGCGCUCAAGUCUGAGACGAGUCAAGUGCGUUCCGUGUUUUGAAAACAUUUGUUAAUUUUAUAGUUACUUCAAUUUUUAUUUUUAUUUUAUUUUUUUUUUAUUAUUUCGGCAAACACGAAGUGAACGAGAAAAACACCCACACAGAUUGACACAUCGCGACAUGCUGCGUGGGCCAGCGCUAGAGUACGCGACGUGUUCAGUACUACGACCGUCAAAUUCGCCCACGAACCUAACAGAAAUCGGCAAUUUUUAAAAAUUCGAUACCCUCCAAAUCUGAAACAAUGUUUUAAUCUUUCACAUUUUUAGAGCCUAGUGCCUAGUGUUGCUACGAAUAUUCCAGUGAUUUCAUUACCGUCUUGAAUCAAGAAAAAAAACGAAUUGUAGUCGUGAAAAGCCGAGUAAACGGAGGUGCAGGACCGACAACGCCGCACUAAGUGUAUGUGUGCGUGCCUAUGUGAGUGCGUAUUUUGUGUAUACGUGUUUGUGUGUACCGGCUUCGAGCGGUGGAUAAGGCAAACUUUAUUCUCGUAUCUUUUACUUUCCUAAUUUGUUUUACGUUCCUUUUAACUAUUAAUUUAUUCGUCGCCUGUUCAAUUUUUAAUCGCUAUUUUGCAUACGUGACCUUGUGCUGCACACGGUGACACAGUAAUUAAGUGAUCUCUAGAGUGUAUAAUUAAUAUUUCGAGUGUAACAAGACCACCAAGAUGCUUAAAUUUAUCAGAGGGAAGGGCCAACAACCCACUGUCGAGAGGCAGAAAUUGCAAAAGGAUCUUUUUGCAUUUAGAAAGACUGUUCAGCAUGGAUUUCCCAACAAGCCGACAGCUCUGGCCUGGGAUCCGAGCCUUCGGCUGAUGAUUAUUGGAACUGCUUCCGGAGCCAUCAAAGUUUUCGGCAGACCCGGUGUCGAGUUUUAUGGCCAACACGCGACCGAAAGCGGCGAAAAUGCGGUUACCAAAAUCGUCCCUCUUCCUAACGAGGGUCGCGUCGUUUCCCUGUGCGACGACAAUUCGCUGCACUUGUGGGAGAUCAACGAGAAUUCCGUGGUCGAGACAAAGUCCCUGUCGUUGGAAAGAAAAUUGAAAAAAAUCUCGGCCAUGUGUCUCGAAUCGAACGGCGACAAUCUUCUCCUCGGCACAGAAGGUGGAAAUAUUUAUCUCUUGAAUCUCAAGAGCUUCACAAUGUCCGACAACAUUAUCUAUCAGGACGUCGUUAUGCAGAAUGUUCCCGAGGACUACAAGAAAAACCCUGGCGCGGUAGAGGCAAUUGCCGAACAACCUGGCCACCCAGACAGCAUACUCAUUGGUUACAAUCGUGGCUUGAUGGUUUUAUGGAACAAAGCGACGCCUGGUGCUCAACAGCUGAUGGGUUUGUUUUCGCGUGCACAGACAUUCGUCUCAACGCAACAAUUGGAGUCGGUAAGCUGGAUAUCUGAGAACAAAUUCGUAUCGUCCCACAAUGACGGAUCAUACGUUUUUUGGAGUCCCGGUAACGAGGCCAUACCCGAGCCUACAACGCUCUACGGUCCAUUUCCGUGCAAAGCCGUAUCCAAAAUCCUUGUCCAUCCGAUUGACGAAGAAGAGGAGCUGAUAUUAUUUUCCGGAGGAAUGCCACGUUCGAGCUAUGGCGACCGUCAUACGAUAACAGCAAUGACUUCGUCCAAGCAUGUCGUCUUUGAUUUAACGUCUAAAGUGAUAGACUUUUUCACUGUUAUGCCGAAACAAGAGGACGAGAGCAAGGAUAAAGAAAUUGUCGGUCCCGAGGCGCUGGUUAUUCUCGCCGAAGAAGAAAUUAUCGCCAUUGAUCUUACUGAUCCCGAUUGGAAAAUGAUGGCUCUGCCUUAUCUCGUCUCUCUGCACGCCAGUGCUGUGACGUGUUCUCAGCACGUGCCUACCGUGCCGGAAGAUCUCUGGGACUCGAUAGUGUCAGCAGGAAAAUCGCAAACGGAGCAUUUGUAUUCGGACAAAGCAUGGCCGAUAGACGGUGGUGUGUUGUUAUGCGGAAAAUCAGAAAAAGCCCGAAAUCGUGAAUUGUUGUUAACGGGUCACGAGGACGGUACGGUUAGAUUUUGGAACGCUUCGGACGUGGCGCUGACACCGUUGUACAAGUAUAACUCGUCGAUAUUGUUUACGGGGGAGCACUUGGACGUACUGGAACAGCCACCCGAGGACGAGGAGGACGAAUGGCCGCCAUUUCGAAAAGUAGGUUCAUUCGAUCCGUACUCGGAUGAUCCGAGGUUAGCAGUAAAGAAAAUAUUACUGUGCCCUUUGUCGUCGACGCUCGUAAUCGCUGGUACAGCUGGUCACGUGAUAACGACGAACAUAUCGAGCGAGGCGACGAACAAAGAGAUUAAAGCGGUUACGAUGAACAUAGUGAGCGAUCGAGAUGGUUUUGUGUGGAAAGGACACGAUCAUCUGCCACCGAGAACGGCGAGCAUCUCAUUCGCCGUUGGCUUCCAGCCGCGAAGCUUGUUGCAACUCUAUCCACCAGCAGCUGUGACCGCUCUGGCUAUACAAAGUGAAUGGGGAUUGAUAGCUGCCGGAACAGCUCACGGUUUAGCAGUUUUCGAUUAUUGUCGUGUCAAAGCGGUCAGUGUCAAGUGUACCCUAAAUCCAAAUGAUCUUUCGGGGGCUGGUGACACACCGAUUUCUCGUCGAAAAUCAUUCAAAAAAUCUCUUCGCGAGAGCUUCCGACGAUUACGCAAGGGAAGAUCUCAACGACGAGCCAAUACCAGUCCAACGAGGGUUACUUCCCUGCCGGAAAAGAAAAAGGACGUUACUCCCAGUGCCGCGAGCUCACCGAGCGCUGACCAAUCGCCCGGUGACGUCAAACCUGUCGAAAGACAAGUCGAGGCUAGACCCGUUGACGAUGCUUCCGGUUCCAUGGUACGAAGCUUGUACUUUGCUCGAAGUUACAUUAUCAGCAUGCAAAAUACCACUCCGACCCUCUGGGCCGGUACCAAUAACGGUACUGUCUACGUUUUCACUCUUGCUAUUCCUGCGGGCGUUCGACGUACCGAGGAAGAUGUGAAUUGCACUCUUGGCAAAGAGAUACAACUGAAACAUCGCGCACCCGUCAUUGCCAUUACAAUUCUCGAUGGCUCAAGCGUACCAUUGCCCGAACCUUUCGAAGCUGAAAAAGGCGUCACUCCCGGACCCGAUAUGACCGCACCGCAUCGCGUUGUUAUCGCCAGUGAAGAACAAUUCAAAAUCUUCAACUUACCAUCUCUAAAACCAUUCUGCAAAUAUAAACUCACCGCUCAUGAAGGCUCGCGUGUUCGAAAAACUGGUUUCGCCAAAUUCACCUGUCCGACUGAACCCGCUGGUACUCACGAGGAAACUUGCCUCUUAUGUCUUACCAAUCUUGGCGAUUGCCUUGUUCUCAGCAUACCCGAAUUGAGACGACAACUCAAUGCUGCUGCUAUCAAACGCGAAGACAUCAACGGUAUAUCGUCCUUGACAUUUACGAAAGCCGGCGAAGCAUUGUACCUCCAUUCGAGCUCGGAGCUUCAGCGUAUUUCAUUGUCAGUGACAAAAGUCACGAAGGCUCAUUGCGCCUUGAAUCUUCCACCAAAUGCGAGGUCGCUCCCGGAAGGCUCACCUGAAGUGAUUCAAGAGCAAGGAACAGUCGAAGGUCAACCGGAAAAUGAUAGUGAAUCGCAAGGAACUCAACCAGUACCGAGGCCAAGAUCGAUUACGGAAAAUGGCACGGUCGGCGGCUCAACCGGUGGCGGUGAUACCUCCAAAGAACCAUCGAUCAGACCUACUGCCAGCUCGAACGAUGUAAACGGUGAUGACGAUCGCCAGGAUUUGAACUCCAUUGGGGAUAUUACGAUUGACAGUGUCAAGGAUCACUUACUUAACAGUUCGCUCUUCAGAACUGCAACUUCAUCCGAGGAUCUUCACAGUAGACUGGCCGGACUUAAGAUGGAAGUUACAUCUCGAACUUCCGAAAUAUCGACGCAGAAUCAGUCGUUGAUCGUUAAAACGACAACAGUUAUAUCACAAACAUCGACUGCGAAUACAAACGGUACGACAGAAAAUGGCGAAAUUCAAGCUUCUCAAGCAAUCGAGGGUCAGCAAGUCAACAGCACUACGGUAGAACGGGAGAUAAACAGCGGUACCGAGACGACAACAACACACGCAACAAUCACCCUGCCGCCGAACGUCGAGAUUAGCGCAGCGGAUCUCGCCAACCUGGAAACUGUGCAGACGACAACGGUGACGACCGAAAAAUCGAAGAGUCCAAUGCCCAGGUCCGAGGAAGUCGGCUCUUAGGAUUCUUUUCUCUUUUCGUUCGUUUCACGAAAAUCAUCUUAAUUCUCAUCGCGAGUCCAAGCGAAACCGAGAGUAUCGAUAAUGGCGAGGAGGGGGAAGUGAAGAGAGGGAAAAAAAGAAAAACGAACAUUCAAUACCCACGGAAACGAGGAUGAGCGUGUACAGUGUACACAGCUAUGAUAGCUAGAAUUUAUAUAAAACACAUUUGCAUACGCAUAUUUAGUUGCGUAUGUACAAAACAAUAGAUUUUUUAAGUGAAAAAUCUAGAUUUAUACUUUUUAUUAGUAUUACGAGAUUCGAACAAUAUCGUGCCGCGUUUCACUCGAUUGAAAACGCUCGAAAUUGUUCGAACAAACAAAAACAGCAGAAAUAAAUUCCAAACAAUGCAAGAUGAAGAAAAGCAAACGCCGAAGCCGUAGAAACAUUUACAAACUCUUGCACGUACAAACAUCGAAUCGAUUUCACUGUCGCGUGAAAGAACCAAGGCCUAAAAAUAGCCUCGGAAAUAAGUGAAUUUUUCGAAACGCUUGACCUUUGGGGUUCUAUCAUUUCGUAGACAAAAAUAUUCCCGGGGUGCGAGAUAUCAUUUUCCGAAGCAAAGGCUGUCAAUAUAAGGAAGAAACAUUAUUUUAAUUAUUUAUGGAAAAUUUCAUGUUUCCCUUGGCCUCGACGAAUCGAUUAUUAAUCUUUCAGACAAAGUUUGGGCGAGGGUGAGAGACGCGAUUAUAUUUUUACAGUAUUUGACACUUAUGCAGCUCAUCGUGUUCUUGAAUAUUCGUUUUUGUGUUUGUGUUAUGUUUUUUUCCUUCUUUUUUACUUUUCUCUGAUGGGAAGAUUUGGGAGGAUUUCUUAGAUAAUCAUUAAUAAAAAUAUUAGACUUGAGCAAUUCGUUGCAGGAUUUUCAAUGCAUCGCGAGUAUCUUUUACUCUUUCUGUUUUAACACAUUGUUGAAAACUAGAAACGAGGAAGAAUAUUAAUUUAGCCAUAUCGAACGAAGCAUCGCGAAACCUCAAGUCACCAUGUUUUUUUUUCGCGUUGGGAAAGUUCGAAAGGAAUGCAUUUGGUUUUUUUUUCUAAUGCGAAUAUGAUACGACAUUUGAACUCUUGAGUUUUCUCACGACGUCUCGGUAUCAUCUUAUUGAAAAAAAAAUAUGAGAGUAAUUGGAGCAAAAACGAAUAACGUUGAAGUUGUAUUUUUUUUUAUCAAUGUUGCUUAAUCGUUAAGUUUUCGUUUUCUCCACCAACCGUUACUCAAGUACAUUGAUGACUAAAAUGUAUAAACAUUGAAUACUGCAUACUUAUAUGUAUAUUUAUAUAUAUUAUCAAAUUGCUUGGUUUGGAUGAUUUUAUUGCGGGCAUUGGAAAUUCAUUCUCUUUAUUUGGUAACUCAAAAGAAUUCGAUUCCUACUCCGAUAAUAAUUAAAUUCAUCUGACUCAACAUUACGCAUGCGUACAUAUUACUAGUUUUUGCAAAUGACUAAAAUCCAAUUUUUUCAAACGCGCAAAACUCAAGCGAACGAAAAAUAAAUAAAAUGCAGUAUCAUGUUUUAUCUCCUCAUUUUCGUAUGUGUUGCAAUUUUAAGUUGUACAAAUUUUAACGAUUUUGUCGGAAUGUUGACUGAAAAUAAGAAGAUUGACAAUCCAUUCUCAGGUAAUUCGUGGCACUUUCAAAUUCCAUUGAAAAAUUCGAUUUUGCACAUGUACUUUUUUUUUAUCUAGAUUUAUUCAAUUUUUGUUCAAUGUUAUCAUAUUAGUCUUCAUCCGUUUGUUCGUUAUUAACGCCGAUCCGCGUAGCUUCUAUAAUUUUCGAACCGCGCAGCUCCUCCGGCAGUAACGCCGAAAUAUUUUUGGAAAAAGAACUUACAAUAAUAAACAUGAGAAUAAAUACAAUAGAAGACCGCGUUUGCCUUUGCACAAUUCUCAGCUAUGAUCCAGGCGAAAUUAUCGCCUGAUGAGCACGUAGUAUUCAUCUCUCUUGUUUUGCUUUUUAUUUUUUUCUUUUUUCGAAGGUUUGAGUAAAUUGAAGACUUAUGCUCUUGAAAAAAAUGAGAAAAAAAAAAUAUUGCCUUGUCUCAAAUUCAUUGUGAUGAAAUUUUUGUAACGAGGCUUCAUAUUUAUGUGAUUGGCCGUUUUUCAGGUUAACUCUAAGAAACAAUUUGAAAAAAAAAAAUCGUUUUUUUCUACUGUAUCUGACAAAAAAUUGUAUCGCAAAACAUAAAAAAUCUUGAAAUGCUUGUGAUUUGAAACAUUUUCCAAUUACAUAUUAUUUGGGAUGGGAACAGUUUUUUAUGUUCACAGGCUCGUUUGAAAUAUCAAUUAUUUCGGGUCACGGAUAACAUUCUGUUCGUAAGAAUAAAGCAGGCCUCUGUAGAUAAACUUUCAUUACUCAAUAGUAUUAUCGUUUCAUUGCAACGUUGCAUUUUUUAAAAAUAAUUAAUUAUAUUGAAUAACUUUCAAUCCAGGACACCGUGUUUCUCGGUUGUAUAGCGGGAGAUUUAAACCAUUUACUUUGCUAGUGUUUCCAGAAAUAUGCGAAAUGGUGUAGAAAAACAUGCUGCCGAAUGUGGUGAUAUGCAUACCGUGAAUUGAUUGAAAAUAAACAUGAAUCACAAAAAUGUCAAUACCGUACCGGAACUUUUACGAUUUGAGAACAAAAGAAUAUGCACGAAUUUAACAUGACACUGCCCGUCGAGGCUCAACGUCUUUUAACGUUCGCUGAACGUUGAAAUUAAGUAUACCUAUUGUAACAUCACUUUAUUCUACAUUAAAAGCUUAUUUCCGAUCUGUUAA